GGCCCGGGGGCGGCGGCCGACGCCCUUCCCUCCCGCCCCUCCCACUGUCGUCCCCUCUGGGCUAGGAGGAGUCUCCUGGCGUCCAGCGCCCCGACCUCCACCUGCAGGCUGUUGGAAUCCAAGGAUCCCUUUCAUUCUCUCUCCAUAUUGCCUGAUGGGAGGCAUUAUGGCCCCCAAAGACAUAAUGACAAACACUCACGCUAAAUCCAUCCUCAAUUCCAUGAACUCCCUCAGGAAGAGCAAUACCCUUUGUGAUGUGACACUGAGAGUGGAACAGAAGGACUUCCCUGCCCAUCGGAUUGUGCUGGCUGCCUGCAGCGACUACUUCUGUGCCAUGUUCACCAGUGAGCUUUCAGAGAAGGGGAAACCGUAUGUAGAUAUCCAGGGUUUAACUGCCUCGACCAUGGAGAUCCUGUUGGACUUUGUGUACACGGAGACCGUGCAUGUGACGGUGGAGAAUGUCCAGGAACUGCUCCCUGCAGCCUGCCUGCUUCAGCUGAAAGGCGUGAAGCAAGCCUGCUGUGAGUUCUUGGAAAGCCAGCUGGACCCUUCUAACUGCCUGGGUAUCAGGGACUUUGCGGAAACUCACAACUGUGUUGAUCUGAUGCAAGCGGCGGAGGUUUUUAGCCAGAAGCAUUUUCCUGAAGUGGUGCAGCAUGAAGAAUUCAUCCUUCUCAGUCAAGGGGAGGUGGAGAAGCUCAUCAAGUGUGAUGAGAUCCAGGUGGAUUCUGAAGAGCCGGUCUUCGAGGCCGUCAUCAACUGGGUGAAGCACGCCAAGAAGGAGCGCGAAGAGUCUUUGCCGGACCUGCUGCAGUACGUCCGCAUGCCCCUGCUGACCCCCAGGUACAUCACGGACGUCAUCGACGCCGAGCCUUUCAUCCGCUGUAGUUUACAGUGCAGGGACCUCGUUGAUGAAGCAAAGAAGUUUCAUCUCAGGCCUGAGCUGCGCAGUCAGAUGCAGGGACCCAGGACAAGGGCGCGUCUAGGAGCCAACGAAGUGCUUCUGGUGGUCGGGGGCUUCGGAAGCCAGCAGUCUCCCAUCGAUGUGGUAGAGAAGUACGACCCCAAGACUCAGGAGUGGAGCUUUCUGCCAAGCAUCACUCGGAAGAGACGCUACGUAGCCUCCGUGUCCCUUCACGACCGGAUCUACGUGAUUGGCGGCUACGAUGGCCGUUCCCGCCUCAGCUCAGUGGAGUGUCUAGACUACACAGCAGACGAAGAUGGGGUCUGGUAUUCCGUGGCCCCUAUGAAUGUCCGACGAGGCCUGGCUGGAGCCACCACCUUAGGAGAUAUGAUCUAUGUCUCUGGGGGCUUUGACGGAAGCAGGCGUCACACCAGUAUGGAGCGGUAUGACCCCAACAUCGACCAGUGGAGCAUGCUGGGAGACAUGCAGACGGCCCGGGAAGGCGCCGGCCUCGUGGUGGCCAGCGGGGUCAUCUACUGCCUAGGAGGGUAUGAUGGCUUGAAUAUCUUAAAUUCAGUUGAGAAAUAUGAUCCCCAUACAGGACACUGGACUAAUGUCACACCGAUGGCCACCAAGCGCUCUGGUGCGGGAGUAGCCCUGCUGAAUGACCAUAUUUAUGUGGUAGGGGGAUUCGAUGGCACGGCCCACCUGUCUUCUGUCGAAGCGUACAACAUUCGCACCGAUUCCUGGACAGCGGUCACUAGCAUGACCACCCCGCGGUGUUACGUCGGGGCCACGGUGCUCCGGGGGAGACUUUAUGCGAUCGCCGGCUACGACGGGAACUCCCUGCUGAGCAGCAUCGAGUGCUACGACCCCAUCAUCGACAGCUGGGAGGUCGUGACCUCCAUGGGAACCCAGCGCUGCGACGCUGGAGUGUGUGUUCUCCGUGAGAAGUGACCGGUCUGAGAGACAGUUUGCAGGGAACCAAGGAUGCUUUGCAGAAUGCCUGUUUCCCACUGUGUGCACAGGGUGAUUACAGGCACCAGUGCCGCGAUGAUUGUGCUUAUUGGACCCCUCGCGCUGGCGGUUGUCCCCGAGGAGGGUGGGCAGCAGACCGUCAAGGGAGGGGACUGCACGCUGAGUGGGUGGGAGAGGCCAGAGCACCUCUCCUCCGGGCCGCGGGGGCACUUUCUCCUCGUUUGUGACUCAGCGUGUGCACUGGGGAGGAUAUACAUUGAAGUUGUGCCUCGCGUGUUGCAGAGAAUUAAGGUGAGUAUGAGCGCCGGGCUGUGGGCAGUAUCCAGCCUCGAUGAUUGGAAGGGUACCAACUCUUGUUUUACAACAAUAAAUAUCUUUCCUAGUCUAUAGGCAGCAGGGGCAACACAGUUCCGUUCUGGAGGAAAACAGAGGGAAGAGC